CAUGGAAGCAAUGAGCUUUCGUUAUUUCACAAAGGGCUGGGUUGCCUCAGGUUAAGUUACCUGUUUAGGUCUACAGAGGGCAGGCAUAGUAAGGUAAGCAAACUGGAAAAUCCAGCCUUACACAAUUUGAGAAUGAGACUUUGCGUUUCCCGGUUCUAGAUAGGCAGGGAUCUGCUAAAGUUACGGACUGAUUUUCUUUCGGUCUGUCCUAUUUUAUGAGGAUCCCAUUGCAUGGCCAAAUUUAUGGGAAUAGCUGCCUGAAUGGAAAUUCAUUGGCUUUAUGUCUUAUCAGAAGACACAGGACUGGAACUGAAAAUACAGAGGAAGUUGGUUUUUUCCUGUUUAAAUGUCCUGCAUUGGAAACUUCUUUGCUGAGAACCAGAAGCAAUGAAUGGCUGCAUUCCUGAACAAGAAGUGCAAGAUGUUGAAUUACAUGAUCUAGGGGAGGAAAAGGAGGAAGAAAUGAGACAUGAUGUGGAAGAUCUUCUUAAUCCUGGAGUCACAAGAACUUCUGAGACAGCCAACCCACACUCUUGUUCGGAGAUUGUUUUUUGGAAAUGCAAGCUAUGGAUGGUUAUCACUUCAGCUUUCCUGUGUUUGAUCCUUGUGAUUAUUAUAAGUUUAACUUUUUAUUCAGAGAUUUAUAUAGAUGAUGAUGAAUACUUGGAUUUCAAAUCAAUAGCAAAUGGCAAUCGUCAUAAUUUCUCUGGAAUUUUAAAAAUUCACUGUGCUAAUCCUGAUUGGCUGCUGUCAGAAUCAGCAUAUCAUCUGCUUUCUGAAAAUCUUAGUAAAAGGCUUACAGAUGUAUACAAUGAUUCACCAGCUCUUGGGCAUUAUUUUAUUUCUGCUAAAGUUAUUUCCCUCAGUGAUGAAAACAAAACUGCAUUCUUUGAGCUGGAGUUUUCAGUUCCACCUGAAUCAGAAACUGAAGAGUUCAUGAAGAACAGAAUGAGUGAGAUGUUUGUGAAGAACAUUUUAAGGCAAAAUAUUUAUGACCAGAAAGAAAUGUAUAGUGCAGGUGCAACUGGAUGUACAUAUUUGACACUUGAUCCAACUUCUCUUUCAGUUUCAUCAAUACAGGCUAUGAAUACAGAUGGGUGAAUUGGACUACAUGGACUACAACACUCAUAAGUAGUCAAGAAAGAAUCUUCAGUUAUGGAGCCUGAAAUAUUUCAUUCAGAGAAACAGUUUCACCUGACUGAUUGCCAGUAUGUACUCAUUCCUGUUUCCAUAAACCAUCUACUGUAGGAAAAUACCAUUUAUUGGUAGCCAGAUGAGAGGAAACUCAAAUUGACAGAAGUAUGAAUAAGAUUAUAAGAAGAACCCUUCUGGAUCAGACCAAUGUCCCUCCUGUUUCAUUCAGUGGCCAGCCAGCUACAAGCAGAGCAUGUAGGCAAUUGUCCUCACCCUCCACCUGGCACCUGGUAGCAAGGUGCCUCUAGUUAUGGAUGUUUGCCAUAACUACACUUAAUUCUCCUUUAAAAUCAUGCAAAUUACUAGCUAUAACCCACUUCUGGUAUCCGUGAAUUCCAUAACUAAAUGAUGUGAAGAGGUACUUUCUGUUGCCCAUCCUGAACAAAACAAGAAGGCCCUAACCUGGUGGAACUCUCUGCGGAGUGAUAUUGAUGCUCUGUGGAACUUAAUGCCAUUCUGUAUGGCAUACAAGGCAGAGAUGUUCCACCAGGCAUUCGGUUGAGGACAGCGAUGAUUUCCUAUCUAAUUGGCACUCCACUUCUUCUGCCUCCCCCCACCCCCACCAUGAGUGUAAAUAAAAAAACUGCUAAGAGACACCAUAAAUUUUAAACAAGACAGUGUAAUGUAGUGGUCAGUUGUUCCUCCCCCCACCACGAGGCAGCGGCAUACUUUGGCAGUUUCACCGCUAUCUUACUGUUAAUUUAGUGUUACAUAUUUAUGAUUUUCAUAUUUAAUUAUUUAUGUAAGAUUUUUCUGAUGUACACCACCCUGAGCCCUGUUCUGUGGAGGAGGGUGGUAAAAUAAAUCUAAAUUCCAUAAUUCCACCACUUUAAGGCAACACUUUAGCUGCAGAGAAUCCUUGUAGAGCCCUCAUCAGCCCCAUAGUCAGAAUUUGAAGAAUUGGGGGGGGGGGGGCUGAUUUUUUUCAGGGGGCACAUAGUGGCCCCAACCUCCAUGGCCUUCUCUCCUACCACCAAUGAGGAGGAAAGCUGCCAGCUCACUGCCUUACAGCCUCCCCCCUCCCCACAGCUGCCCCAAGGUGAUCCCUUUCCAUCCCUCUUCCAGCAGCUCUGGUGGGGAGCCACUCAGAGGUUUAGAUAUGUGCCACACAGUCUCCUGCCCUUAUCUGUAGCAUGAUCCAGCUAGGCAAGCCCGGCGGGACAAGGGAGGGAAGUGGAAGGUGCCACCAAGUUGCAACUGACCUCUGGGGCUACAAGACCUCCAAUUCAGAUUUCUUCCUGUCGGAGGGCGAGCCAAGGCUGCCCAAGCACAGCUCCCACCCUCACUCGGGUGGCCAGCAAGACCAGGCCGGAAAACCCCUGUAGGCGAACAUCACCUCUCCACUGAUCCCCAGCCCCGGACUGCAGCCGGGACCUCCACUUGUGUGCACCAGCCUACCCUACCCUACCCUGCCUGCAAUGGAGCCAUCCGCCCCCUACCCUCGCCGCCCCACUUGAGGGCCAGAACGGCCUUCUCUUGCAGGCACCCUCUAGCCCAACGUCAGCCCAACGUGGAGCUUAACUUUCAGAACUGGGCUCCGAAAGUGCCCUGUUGUUUCUGCUUCCUGAGGGGUCAGAGAUUUCUUCCAGCCCCUAAGCAAGCAGAAGCAACAGGGAGCUUAAGUUUCAGUCCUGGGCUCGGAAAGUGCCCCCUUGUUUCUGCUUGCUGAGGGGUCAGAGAAUUCUUCCGGCCCCUAAGCAAGCAGAAGCAAUUGUGUAUGAUCAAGUCCCCUAAGCAAGCAGAAACAAUGGUGUAUGACAACAGCAGAAUGGAGAAGGAUGCAGCCGAGGCACUGGAGGCUGGUUAGGGGGCCCAAGUCAGGGGGCCCUGCCUAGCAGUUGUUAUCUGCACCACAAUGCAAGAUAUUAAAAGACUUUUGCAACACUUUAUCAGAAUAUUCUAGAAAAUGGACAAGAGACAUUCUCCUUCAAGGUAUUGCUUGGUACUGUGAACCUAAAGGUGGUGAGGCCAGUUCUGGAAGAAAAAAAAGACCAUAAAUUGGUACAUUUUUAGAGCUUCAGUUAAUGGGCUGCUUCCAAGUUGCUCAUUGUGCUGCUAAGCAGUGUAAAUUGCAGAAGGCACUGAUGUGUACCUGUUGCUUAAUAAAAUGGUUAUAGAGAAA